AUGCAAUGGGGCUAUGCAGAGGAGAUUACUCCACGCGCUUGCCAAACCUGCCUCAACAACUCCAUAACCCUUCUCCCCAAAAACUGUCCCUCUCAAGUGGAGGCUAUUGGGUGGUAUGAACACUGCAUGUUUCGUUACUCCGACCUCUCGUUCUUCAGCCUCAUGGAGCUUUCCCCCGGUUUCUAUAUGACUAAUUCCUUUAAUUCUUCAGACCCACUUCGCUUCACUCAGGCAGCCACUAAUUUGCUUCAACGUCUCACUGCUGAAGCUGCAUUAGGUGAUUCUCGUUUGAAGUUUGCCAUUGGAAGUGGUACAAUACCGAAUUCUCCACUCUUUUAUGGGGCUGUGCAAUGCACUCCUGAUAUGUCUGCCCAUGAUUGUACUGACUGUCUCCUCGGUGCUAUUGCGCAAAUUCGAGAAUAUUGCGAUGGGAAGAUAGGAGGGAGAAUUCAAAGACCAGGUUGUAGACUUCGGUUUGAGCUCGAUCGCUUCUUUCAAAAUCAGCCGGCUUCAUCGCCCCCUCCUCUUCCCUCAAAUACAACCACUUCUUCUUCUCCACGAGGUUCUUUUAAUCAUAUCUCAAUUUUUGGCUUAAUCAGUUUUUAG